AUAUGUUCGUGUGCAAUGAAAACAACACUUAAGAGCCGCGAUAUUCUCCCAAGUUUCUGAUUCUCUUCUGACAGUUGCAUAAUCUGUGCUCUCAUUCCGCAAAAUAUUUCAAUCAUGGUCCCCAACCUCCCCUUCACCAAUGAUCGGCAUCUCGGGGAGAACUGAGUCGGGCGUUCGCUCACAUUGUGUAUCUCACGGCGGACCAAGUUCUGGGAGAGACGCAUCCGAUCAUACUGUCGUACUCCUGUCAGAGGCGUUCUGGAGAACAUGACAGAAGAAACACCGGAUUCCGAUGGGAAGUUGGAAGAAUUCGCUACAGCGGUGAACGACUUUUACCAUAAACGGAAAGUCUUCUACAAAGAACACCCCGAAUGUAGAGAGUGUGAUUUCGAGGAGAUGCUCAGUGAGAAGGGCAAAGAGCUGCUGCAAGUAUAUGAACCGCUCCUGUCGACUUUUAGAGGCACGGAGAAGUCUCGAUGCCUCAUGCUUAUAGGUCGAGUCCACAAUGCCUCGAAUACGUACUCGAAGCAAGCGGAAGAAUACUUGUACAAAGCCGUUAAGAUGAAUCCCAAAUUAUCUGAGGCGUGGAACGCUCUAGGCGAAUGCUAUUACAAGAACAAUCAAGUUGACAAGGCUGUGAACUGUUUCCAAUGCGUGUUGAAGCACGUGAAGGACAAGGUGGCACUCAGGAACCUCUCGAAAGUCAUGCGGAGUCAGGACAGAAUAAAUCCCACCAGCUUGCAAGAGAGCAUCAAACGCUCACAGGAAGCUCUGGAGAUCGAUCUCAACGACGGCGCGUCUUGGUUCAAUCUCGGCAAUGCUUACCUCACGGCAUUCUUCUACGGGGGGCAGCCUGAGCGAGUCCUUCGGCAAUCCCUUUUCUGCUAUCGGAAAGCCUUGGCGGACGAGAGUCAGAACGACGACCCCGACCUCCACUUCAGUCUCGCCGAGGCCUCGAAGUACACGGAAGAUUUCCAGACGGCCUUGGCCAGCUACGAUAACGCGCACAAAUGCAACCCCACCUGGACGGUACCCUUGGAGAAGAUAGAAAAUCUCGAGAUGUAUCUUAAUGAUGUGAAUGAAGCUGUCACCCUCAAGGGUAAACUUCGACCGAAGAAAUUGGAGCAGAUGCUAAAGACUAUCAAACCUCAUCAUUGUACCGUCGGUACGACCAGGAAGGACCUUAGAGAUAUCGAAUGGGAAAAAACGUCGGAGGACCAUGAUUGGCACAUCAUUCUGAAAGUCGUCACGACGCUGAGUAGUCGUGCAUUGGCGUUCACGUGUUGCGCCGUGGACGAAAACCAGGAUUGCGUGGCCGUGAGCAUCUUCAAUUUGGAUGAGGGGAAAGCUUUCAUCGUGGGCGAUACAAUCGCGAUAGCUGGUCCUGAACCGAAAGUCCAUUGUGUGACUUUACGGAAUGACGUGAAAAUUUCGUACAAAUCCCUCCGAGUGUCCGACCCGCGAACGAUAGCGGUCAAUGGACGGCUGAUCACUAACAAAUGGCUCGCCCCUGUGAUGCUGACUACGGAACUCUACAAUUCAUGAUUCAGAUCGUUCCUCGAGCCAUUCGAGGCAAGGAUUCCGAAGAAGGUCAGACACUGCGGGAAGGAGACUCCCGCGCAAUAGGGCUUCCCUUCCGAUUUUCUGGCUUUUCCCACUGUCGCUCGUCUGGAGAAAACGCCCAGGACCAUCAUUCAACGUGCCUUAUCUCAUAGGACCACGAGGUUUUGCAUGCAGCAAUCGGUUGAGCGUAAGAGCCUCGACGAACAUCCGAAUGGUCUUCGCCAACCGCGUGGAGAUCGCGACCGAAUGGAGCCGCUCCCGGAUAUGAUAAUAAUAAACAU